CAGCAGCAGUACAGGAAGAGUUAAAUAGAGGCCAUGAAGAGACGACAAAGAAACAGAGACAACCAAGAUGGGGACACAAGCGAGGACAUGGCAGCAGCUAUUAAAAACAAGGACCCACAUCCUGAUAUCCACCCACCGGAUUCACCUUCUCCAUCAUCAUCUUCUCCCCCUCUUCCUCCAUUAGCCAUGCCACCUUCUACAUCUGCCUCUGCUCUCCUGGCACUGGCCUCUCCAAGAACCAGGCGCUCCAUUUCCAUGGGAGACUUCCGGAGGGUGACAGGGGCUCUGUUAACGGGUUCUGAACCGUCCUCCACCUCUGCCACGGCCCCCUCCUCCAAGCUUGUCACCCCCAGCUCCAGCAUGGAGUUUGAGGCAGCUCGACGGCGCCUCCUGGAGGUGGAGGAGCGUCAACGUGUCAUCAGAGAGAUGGAGCGCCGGCUUGAGGAGCUCAGGGAGGUGUUUGUGCGCUCAGAGCAGGAGGUGGUGGUUCACGGGGAGCUGGUUUCGCGAAUAUCAAGUGCAGCCCAGCAGGGGGAGCUGUACGUGGCAGAGAACAGCCAACGGCUCAAGAAAGGCCUAAGGUUCAAAAAACAUCGGUCCACCAUAGUCUUCUCCUCAAUGCUGGGACUCCGCACGUGCCUCCCCUGGCCUGUGAAGCUCAAGUAG